AUGAAGACCACCGGCUAUCUUGCCUUGGGCGCUGCCCUCGCCUCGUCCGCUUCGGCCGCUGGCCUCCAGAACCCGCAAUUGGGAAAGAGAAUCCCAGACAUCUUCAAGCCACUCGUCUCCCAUGAUGAAUUGAUGGCUCGCGUCAAGCUACGGGACUUGGAAGCUGGUAUCGACAAGUUGCAGAGUUUUGCUGAUGCUCAUGACAAUACUCGCGUGUUCGGUGAGGAGGGCCACAGGCUCACCGUCGACUACAUCUACAACGAGCUCCGAAAGACGGGUUACUACCAUGUCACCAAGCAGGAGCAACAGCACUUGUGGACUCGUUCCGACCAGGAAUUGAAAAUCAACAACAAGGAAUACGAUGCCGGUGCCAUGACCUACAGCCCAUCUGGAAGAGUGGAGGGAGACGUUGUCUUCGUGCCAAACCUCGGUUGCGCCGCUGGUGACUAUCCCUCUGACACUGAGGGCAAAAUCGUUCUCCUUGAGCGUGGAACUUGCUCCUUUGCCGAGAAGUGCGCCCUUGCCUACAAGGCCAAGGCUGCUGGUGCCGUUGUGUACAACAGCGUCCCCGGACCCCUUCGUGGCACUCUGGGUGGUGUUUCUGACGAAACCGUCCCAAUUGUCGGUAUCUCCAGAGAAGACGGCCUUGCCCUUGUAGGCGAAUUGGAGAACGGCAGCCUCUCUGCGAACCUGUUCGUUGAGUCCAGGAGGGAAAACCGAACUACGCUAAUGCGCUUGUUCAGCUGGAACGUCAUUGCCCAGACCAAGGGCGGUAACCAACGCAACGUCGUCAUGCUCGGCGCUCACUCCGACGGUGUCGAUGCUGGCCCAGGUAUCAACGACAACGGCUCCGGCUCCAUCGGUCUCUUGACCAUCGCCAAGGCCCUCACUCACUUCCGCGUCAACAACGCCGUCCGCUUCGGCUGGUGGACUGCCGAAGAAUUCGGCCUCCUCGGUUCCGAAUACUACGUUGACCAGCUCAGCGAUGCCGAACUCGAGAAGCUCCGCCUAUACAUGAACUUUGAUAUGAUUGGCUCCCCCAACUACGUCAACGGCAUCUACGACGGUGAUGGCAGCGCCUUCAAUCUGACUGGUCCCCGCGGCUCCUCUGAAAUCGAACACCUCUUCGAGAAGUACUUUGACGAGCAAGGAUGGCCCCAUAUCCCCACCGCUUUCACUGGCCGCUCCGACUACUCUGCUUUCAUCCUCAAGAACAUCCCAUCCGGCGGUCUCUUCACUGGUGCCGAAGUCGUCAAGUCCGACGAACAGGUCCGUCUCUUUGGCGGUGAGGCCGGCAAGUCCUUCGAUCCCAACUACCAUGGUGCCGGUGACACGUCCGAAAACAUCCACAAGGGUGCUUACUUGUUGAACACCCGCGGUGCUGCCUAUGCUGCUGCUGAAUAUGCCCGAAGCACUCGUUCCCUCCCACCAAAGGAUGCUCCCCCCAAGGAGAAGAGAGGAGAGCGCAAGUUGAAGGGUUAUGGUGGUGACCUCCUCGGAAUGUGCGUUGAGAAGGCUUGCAACUACUAA